AUGGCACCUGCAGCUCCAUUCAAUCCCCCUUCAGUAGAUCUGCCUGGCAAGCCCUUCGUGCCGGAAUGGAUUCCCCCCUCAAUUACAAAAGAGACGCACAACUUCGCUCAGCUCAAAUCUAUUGAUCUUUCUUUGCUCGAUAGUGAAGACCCAGCAGUCGUUGAUGAGCUAAUCCAGAAAGUAAAAGUUGCUAUUCGUGAUGAUGGAUUUCUCUUUCUUGAGAACUAUGGAGUUUCUUUGGAACAGCUUCAUCGCCAAUUCUCUCUUGCCCGAUAUCUUUAUAACAAUAUUUCGGAAGAAGAUAAGGAACGUCUUCUCUUUGACCCUGAUACUGGAAUGUGGUCCGGUUACAAGCAUCCAUAUGGUUUCAAGCGUCACCGUGGUGUUCCUGACGGCAUCGAACAGUUCAACUGGUACAACCGCGAAUGGCGAGACAUCAACCGCAUCCCCAAAUGUCUACACCCCUUCAUGGACGAAAUCGAAGCCUUCUGCAACUAUUUGACCAAGUCCGUCAAUCGACGACUUCUUACCCUUUUCUCACGCGUUUUGGAGUUAUCGGAUGAUUACCUUUGGGACAAUGUACAAUCCCACGGAAGUCCGACUGGCGAAGGCUACUUCCGCCAUGCCCUCUUCCGACCUGUACAAAAGCAGACCGCAGAAUCAUCCAAAGGACUUCGUAUGCACGGCCACACAGACUUCGGCUUGACUACUUUACUUUUCUCUGUCCCUAUCUCGUGCUUGCAGAUCUGGGGCCGCGAUGAGGAAUGGCACUAUGUGCCCUACAAGCCGGGUGCUCUUGUUGUCAACAUUGGCGAUACUUUGGAGAUUGUCUCUGGAGGCCACUUCAAGGCAACUCGUCACCGCGUAUUCAAGCCUCCUGCUGAUCAAUUGAAUGAAGAGCGUCUUUCUUUGGUUCUUUUCAAUAGCUCUGUUGGAGACUUGAGAAUGGCACCUGCCAAAGAUUCUCCCCUGAUCCAACGAGAAGGUUGCGUCGAAGAACAAGGCGUCUACAAAGAAUUCAAGAACCGUACUGCCCAGGGCAAACUCGUACCCACCAACCGUGAAUGGCGGGAGAUUCAGAUUGCCACGGCCACUGACCCUACAGAUACAGUGCGCAACAGAGUCGGAGCUGACCAAGUCUUGAUUGAUGGAAAGCUCAUGCAGCAACGAGAAUACAUGGGUGUCAAAGUCGUUCUUCCUGUUUAG